AUGUCCGACUACAUCACCGCUUCGAUGCUUCCGCAAAUUUUUCGCAAACUUUUUGAUGAACAACUUGAUAUGAUUCUCUUCGACGGUGUGAUGCCAUCAGCGGAAAAACCGCUUUCUAAGCUCCUCUGUGGUUGCUAUAAAUCGGGAGCGCAAACAAUCGAAGUUGACGGAAACGACGAUAUUUACAGUAAACGAGAGCCACUUAUCAGCGAAGAUACAAAACCAGUCAUUUGUGAAGAGGAGGAGACUCAAAAUCAGCAAAAAGAGGAGAGCUCAAAACCCGAAAAAAUGAGCUCAAACUGGUUCAAUUCAGCCAAUCGAUCAGAUGAGCCGGAUCACCCAUCAACAACUCCUUCUACAAAUAUGCUCGCCGCGGUUCCGUAUGGCCGAAAUUCAGGCGGUCAACGCAAUAACAAUCACACGUUCAAAAUCGAGGAUGUUACUGAUGAUCCGGAGUACUCUCACUAUGGAGGUGAGGUCGACGAGCCGGAAGAAGGAGCGAUGAUCGAAUAUUGUCGAUUGGAUAAACCACCAUCGAUUCCAAGAGUCUGCGAGGCGAGCACAGUUCGCGUCACGAAGACGCCUCAAUUUAGAAUGGUAUUGAGUUUCCUGAUUGAGAUGAAAAGCUUCGUGUUAAGAAGUCAU